UCAAAUACAUGGAAUGUGCGCGUGCCUUUGAUCUAAACCGUUAAAUACACCACAGAAGUCUCGAGUGCUGCAAAGAUUUUUCUUUUUGUGGCAGAAAGAAUCAAAUCCUUGGAGCUAACCGAAAUUUAUACAAAACUGACUGCAUUGCUGGAAAAGGUGGAAUAUUACAGAAAACUUCAAUUCAAGCAGCAAACUACACAAACAGAAUAAGAUGCCUGGAGAAAUGGGAACAGUGGAUUGCUGUUAUUUAAAGUUGCCUGAAGUGACCCCAGAAUUCGUUGCAAAAGUCAUCACCCACUAUGUGCGAGAUAUUUCACACGAUGAGUGGACGUCUUUUGCCAAUAAUAUUACUGGACCAAAAGUUUUCCUUGCGCUGUUCGACAUGUGCUGUGGCGUUAUAAGGGAAAUUAGCGCCCUGGUCCGGAAGUUUGUGGAGCCUCAGCUUCUCGCCUCGGGCCACAAUCAUUUAAUUGGCGAGCCUGGGUGCAGAUACUGCAGAGUGCCAGAGAAGAGUAUUCAAGCUUGCUUCAGAAACAGCCUUUUUCACUAUUUUCGUGAAGCCCUGGAUGUAGCACAGGAAAGUUCCUACAUCUUGGAUCAAAUAGUGAUAAUGUUUUCAGAAGCCAUUACUCAAAAAGUAAACUCGUCGCUGGCUCAGUUCACAGGGUCAGUAGACAUUUUUGGCUCGCCGGCAGUAGAAUGUGUUUUAGACAUGAUCAGUAAAGUAGAAGACAUUUUUAAAUACAUUCUGAAAGCCCGUAAAACAAACAAGGACGAGUCAUGUGACAACCUGGCAUGCCCGGAAAAAGUUGAGCAGGACAGCACAGAAGAGAGCGCAUCCUGCAUGAAUAAUUUGAAGCCUGCGCCAGCCCCACAGCAUUUUGAUUACUCAGCACUUUUGCUGUCUCCUGAUCACCUAAUCAAUGAGACCUUUCUCAGUGUGCUUCUUGGGAAGUUAGUUGACCACAUUGCUGUAAAAACCAGAACAUCCACAGCAAACGUGGAUCUCGCUCAGUUAGUGUGUGGUGUAAGAAAGAGGACUAGGGGCGUGCUGAACUUUGCUCCCCCUCAAAGUGUUGGCAGCCUGCACAUCUCCAUGUACAAAGAGCUGUGCUGGAAAUUUAGAUCUAAAUACACGCUGCAGGCUGCCAUGGAAUCAGGAGAUGAAGUAUUUGAUUUUGCCGUUUCAGAGACUUUAAAAUCACAGCUGGAAAAAUUUAAGGACUUUGAGAAAAAACUGAACAGUUUCAAGCCUGAGAGUCGCACAGCAGAACCUGACAGGGAAGAAAGGAGCAAACAAACAAAGCCUUCACCUUCAAAUAGAUCUCUGACCAGAAUGCUCAGGAAGACGCUUUCACGCUGGGUUUCUAAUGUUAGGAAUUUUUUUUAAAGAGACAUACUGUGAAGGUGUAACCAUCUUUUCCAAAAAAAGUUGAUUUGCAGCUAUUUUAAACAAAUGCACAGAGAUAAUGAUUAUAGGACACAAUCUAAUCUGUAGCUAAAAAAAACCUAUAAACCCCCCCCCCAACCAGUCGCGGCAGAUGACUGCCCCUCCCUGAGCCUGGUUCUGCCGAAGGUUUCUUCCUGUUUAAAGGGAGUUUUUCCUUCCCACUGUCGCCAAGUGCUCGCUCAUAGGGGGUCAUUUUGAUUGUUGGGGUUUUUCCUCUUAUAUUUUUGGGUCCUUUGCCUGCCAAUAUAAAGGUUUGAUUUGAUGCUAUAUACUGUAUACUGUACCAGUGACUGGUACAGUAUAUACAGCAUCAAAUUGAAUUAUAAGCACUGUUGUGUUUCUGUGUUGCUCACUGGAGGAAGGUUGAGGGGUAUUUUACUUCCUCAGCCUCUCUCUGGUGUGCAGUUUGCAUGUUCCCCCCAUGUU